AUGAUGAUGCAACGUUUGUGGCUUCUUUCGUGUAACUGGGAUGACGAAGUUCCAGAUUCCAUUGCAGUAUCCUGGAAGGAAUUCGCUGAUCAGAUCCCGAAGAUACCCAACUUCCGCGUCAGUCGGUACGCACUGUUGUCUAAUUCCACCAUUCAACUGCAUACAUUUUCUGAUGCCCCGGAAUUGGCAUACGGAGCGUGUACUUACGUCCGAUGCACCGAUUCGAAAGGAACGAUUCGUGUCGAGCUUCUCGCUUCUAAAUCUCGGGUUGCACCUUUGAAAAAAAUUACGUUGCCUCGAUUAGAGCUUUGUGCGGCGGAUAUAGCAGCUAAACUCCAUGCCCGAAUCGUCAAAGCGCUCAAAAUAUCCAUCGCCGGUUCGUACUUUUGGUCGGACUCCACCGUUGUCCUACAGUGGUUGCAGGCAACCCCUAGCACCUGGAAAACAUUUGUAGCGAACCGCGUAUCAGAAAUUCAAAGCUCGACGCAUGGAGCUGCAUGGAAUCACGUUGCUAGCAAGGACAAUCCGGCGGACCUUGUAUCUCGCGGAAUGAACGUUGACGACUUUUUGGCUAGUGAUUUAUGGAAGCGAGGUCCCAAAUGGCUAUCGCACGUUCAGGAAAAUUGGUCUAUACCCAAACUCCCUGAGUAUCCUCAAAAUGGAAAAGAGCGACGAAAACUGGUAAUUGCUGUUACAAGAACUCAGGUAUCACCCCGCUGUAAUCACAUAUUCACGAGAUUCUCGUCUUACGAGCGGCUACUUCAUGUAACUGCAUAUGUCCUCAGAUUCAUCACCAAUCUUCGCAAUAAAUCCCGUACGGAGCCCAUCCCUUGGACUAACCCACUUUCCAGUAUUUCGUUGACUGCUGAACACCUAAACAUCGCCGAACGGACGUUGGUUCAAUUAGCUCAAGCAGAUGCAUUCUUCGAGGAAAUUCGAGAUUUGCAAAAUAACAAAACUGUCGGGAAGCGAUCGUCGACUCGCCUACUGACUCCAUUUCUAGACCUUGAGGGAACCAUGCGGGUAGGGGGGAGGUUAAAUUUGUCAGACCAGCCUUUUUCAGUCAAACAUCCCGCUCUUUUACCAUGUAAUCAUCCCUUAUCCCAUCUACUUGCCAAAUCAUACCACCUAUCGCUCAUUCACGGUGGCGGCCGUCUCACUCUCGCGACUAUGAGAGAAAAAUACUGGCCCAUUCAAGGCCGCCGACUCGUCCGUAGUGUUCUCCGCAAUUGUUACCGAUGCGCCCGAGCCAACCCCGUCCCAAUAAGCCAACACAUCGGACAGCUUCCACUACACCGAAUUACUCCCGCCCGACCAUUUGCCGUCACUGGGAUGGAUUAUGCUGGACCGGUUUACUUGAAGCCCAUCCAUAAGCGAGCUGCCUCGCCGAAAGCGUAUAUAUGCAUUUUUAUAUGUUUCUGUACCAAGGCAGUGCACAUUGAAUUGGUCAGUGACCUAUCAACGUCAGCUUUUCUGGCCACACUUCGUCGGUUCAUAGCCCGUCGCGGACGGCCAACCGACCUGUAUUCCGAUAACGGUAAAAAUUUUCAAGGCGCUUGUAACGAGCUCGAAGACUUAUACCGAAUGCUGCAGGAUGAAGAGAAGAUUCAUCAGAUCACAACGAACCAUGUCAGCGAGCAAAUCACUUGGCAUUUCAGUCCAUCGAAAGCCCCACAUUUCGGGGGACUGUGGGAGUCAGCGGUGAAAGUGGCAAAGUGUCAACUAUACCGUCAACUCGGCAAUUCCAAGCUGUCCUUCGAAGACCUCACCACUGUGCUAACACAAAUCGAAUCCAGCAUGAAUUCGCGGCCCUUAGUACCACUGAGCGAGGACCCAAAUGACAUCACCGCGUUAACUCCUGCGCACUUCUUGAUCGGUGAUUCUUUGCAAUCGCUUCCGGAACAAGACUUGCAUAGAACACCACUAAAUCGCCUCGUUGAACGUUAUCAACAAAUCCAGGGAAUCUAUCAACAGUUCUGGCAUCAUUGGAAGAAAGAGUAUCUUCAGGAGCUUCAACGGGAUACGAAAACCUGUCACCCCAAUACGGAUAUCCAACCAGGAAGACUAGUUGUACUGAUGGAUGAGUUUCAAAUGCCAGUUAAAUGGCCACUAGCUCGAAUAAUUGCUGUUCAUCCUGGAAAGGACAAGUUAGUACGCGUUGUUUCAUUGCGCACCGAACGAGGAGUGAUCGUGCGACCAAUUACAAAAAUUUGUUUGCUGCCGAUGGAAGAAACCAAGGACAAUCAGGGAUCGACGGAAUAUGAGCAAGCGGCGAUGCCAACGAACACACUUCCAGAGAGUUCUCGUUGA